AUGUUGGCCGAGUGGCACAUCUAUGCGUCUGGGCCAAACAAGAAAGUGGGAGGGCAGAAGUACUGGAGCGGGGACGGCCGCCCUAAAGGACGUGAAAAUGUCAAUAAAGCCGUAAGGCAGGCCACAGACUUCACCGAUAGUAGCGGUCUGCCAACGUACCUUGGGGCAUGGAUGCUAGUGGACAACAAAGAUGGGAGUUUGGACCAGGCGGAAGUAAUAAACUUUGCUCGUUACUUUGCGCUCACGCUAAAAGAGAAAGGGAUUCCUUGGUCUCUCAAUGUACUCGACCGAUAUUAUGACACCGAGAAAAGCGAGUGGUUAACUGAGAGGCAGAACAUUAAGGGA